AGAGGGUGUUCGCGUCGUGUUAAGAAAAUACCAUAUUUCGAGAGCUACAUUCGCAUUUAGUUUCACGCUGUUUUCAUUCCGGACACGUGCGUCGAUCGAGAGAUUUAACGGUUAGGAAACUUACCAGAAUGUGUUUAUAACAGUUGCAGAAAAAUGAGUAACGUUCUUUUAAAGGAAGCAUAUACCGUUCAAUCGAGGUACGGACCAUUUUACACGGGUGGAAUUGUUCAGUGGAGUACCAAUGGGGAAUACAUAUUUUGCCAGAAGCAUGGCACUGUUUCUGUUAUAUCUUUGAAAAAUUGCACACCAAUAAUAUCAUGCUUACAAGAAAUAAGUGGUAACAAAGAAGAGGAUCCGAUCAAUUUGUUUAUCGUGAGUGACAAUGAUGCGAAUAUAAUAACGCAUCAUAAAAGUGGUCUUUUCAAAUUAUGGAAUUGGAAAGAGAAUAAAUUGAUCAAAAUGUGGAAAUCCAUUCACAAUGGACCUGUAGCGUGUAUUGCUUAUUGUAAUGAGAAGAAUUUAUUGGCGUCGGGGGGCAGUGAUGGUACUAUUAAAUUGUGGGACUUGCAUCGUCACACUUGUAUUCAUAAUCUGAGAGGAGCUCAAGGAGUUAUCAGUGUUUUAGGCUUUCAUCCGUGCGUUCAAAAAGAUCUUCUCUUUGCCGCUGGUGAAGAUUUAAAAAUUUAUGGAUGGAAUAUAUCGUCUGGUAAAAAAGAAAUUACUCUCUCCGGUCAUUUCAGUAAAAUUACAUCUUUAUCGUUUCACGAUAGUGGAGAUUACUUAAUCAGCUCGGGAAGGGAUAAGGUGUUAAUCUUAUGGGAUAUUUUCGCUGAAUCGUCAAUUCGUGUUUUACCUGUUUACGAAGAAAUAGAAGGUGCAUUUAUUAUACCUAAAAACGUAUCGUUACCGACAGUGCCUCCCAACAAAUUCGAAAAUGAUACCAUUUAUGUUGCUGCUGCGGGAAGAAUAGGUACUGUGAAAAUUUGGGAAAUGAAAACCGGAAGACAAGUAUACGCGCAACAAAAUUCUAUCGUGUCGAUAACAAAAGAAGAAGAAAAUCUUUCUAUUACACAUUUGCUUUACAAUACGAAUAGUAAUACUUUUGCUGUUGUCACUGUCGAUCACAAUAUAAUUAUUUAUUCUUUAGAAACAUUUGAGUGCAUUAAACAGUUAGUGGGUUACAGUGAUGAAAUUUUAGAUAUUGUAUACAUUGGAGAAAAUGGAAGUCGCGUAGCUGUUGCUACUAAUAGUUGGGAUAUAAAAUUGUACGAUCUAUCAAGUAUGAACUGUAAGUUGUUGCGUGGACAUACGGACAUUGUACUAUCUCUUGCGACAACACCUGCUGAUGUCAACCUAUUUCUUUCAUCGGCAAAGGAUAACAGUAUCUGCGUGUGGUACAUGAAUAAGGAAACUUUCGAAGUAUCCCGCCUCGCAUCGGCUAUUAGGCAUACUGCGUCCGUUGGUUCGAUUGCAAUUUCACAAACAUCUUGCAAGUUCUUCGCUUCUGUUAGUCAAGAUUCAUGCCUUAAGCUGUGGAAUUUACCAGAAAACUUCCAAUUCGAUGAGAAACAUUCCCUGGAUGUAGUUCACACUGUAUUAGCUCAUCGAAAAGAUAUCAAUAGUGUAACUGUGUCGCCAAAUGACAAAUUAAUCGCAACGGGGUCGCAAGAUAAAACAGCAAAACUAUGGUCAGCCAAUGAUCUACAAUUACUAGGGGUAUUUCACGGUCACAAGAGAGGCGUUUGGUGCGUGAGAUUUUCUCCGAUAGAUCAAGUACUUUUGACGACGUCGGCGGACUGUACAAUAAAACUUUGGUCGCUGACGGAACUUUCUUGUUUAAAAACACUAGAAGGCCAUGAGUCAUCAGUAUUGAAAGCAGAAUUUUUAACACGCGGUACGCAGUUAAUUACGGCAAGUGGCGAUGGUCUUUUGAAAAUCUGGAGCAUCAAAACUUCCGAAUGUUUAUGUACUCUAGAGGAGCACGAUAGCCGGGUGUGGACAAUAGCUGUUAGCAAAGACGAAAGAAAUAUAAUUAGUGGUGGAAGCGAUUCACUGUUAAUUAUUUGGAAAGACAUAACCGAAGAAAAGAAAGAGAAAGCAGCAUUAGAAAUGAAACAGCUUGCACUCGAAGAACAAGAGUUGGCAAAUUUACUUCAAGCAAAUAAGCUGAGUUCUGCGUUGAAUUUAAGUUUAAAAUUGAAACGUCCCCUGCAAGUAUUAAAAAUCGUAGAAAGUAUUUUAAUUAAAAGUUAUUCUCAACUUUCACAAACAAUUGGCGAAUUGAAACCCUCUUAUAAGGAAGAACUGUUUAAAUGUGCCACUACGUGGAAUACCAACAGCAAAAAUUGUCAAGUAGCUCAGGUAGUUCUACAAGCUCUAAUAGAAGAAUGGGAACAUGAGAAAUCUGAUAGAAACUCGGUUGUCACAUUGGAAUCUGUGAUACCAUAUACCGAACGACAUUAUACAAGGGUUACAAAGUUGUUGCAGAAUCUGCAUUUGUUAACGUACACUAUAAAUCGUAUGAAACCACAUAUUGGAUCUACAGGAACCAGAUAUUAAAAUGGCGCCUGAUAGACGUGCAUUAAAAGAAGAAAAUGUUGUAAUUUCAAAAUAGAAGCGUACCAACUAAUAUUCUUUGUUAUAUUUAUACCGUCUGUAAG